GAACAAUUUUAAAAGAGGAUUUUAGCGAACCGUUUACGGCAGCUUAGAUUUGAAUUUUUAAAUUUCAACAGUCUCGGCAAAAUUACGACCUUGUAAUUUAGAAAGUUGCAUUUGGUAUCAAGUAUGCCGCAAUUUCAUAAACUUGAGAUAAAUAAAACAGAAUGGGAGGUGCCAGAAAGAUAUCAAAUGCUGACUCCAGUGGGUUCAGGUGCUUAUGGUCAAGUAUGUUCUGCUGUGGAUACAACAACUGGUCGCAAAGUAGCCAUAAAAAAAUUAGCAAGACCAUUUCAAUCUGCCGUCCAUGCAAAACGUACCUACAGAGAGCUUAGAAUGCUAAAACACAUGAAUCAUGAAAAUAUUAUAGGCCUGUUAGAUGUGUUUCAUCCUUGCGUAUCUUUAGAAGACUUUCAAAAUGUGUAUCUGGUGACACAUCUCAUGGGAGCAGAUCUCAAUAAUAUUAUUAGGACUCAAAAACUUUCGGAUGAUCAUGUUCAGUUUCUUGUAUACCAAAUCCUUCGAGGUUUAAAAUAUAUACAUUCAGCUGGAAUUAUUCACAGGGAUCUCAAACCAUCAAACAUAGCAGUAAAUGAAGAUUGUGAAUUAAAAAUUUUAGAUUUCGGUUUGGCUAGGCCAACCGAAAAUGAAAUGACUGGUUAUGUUGCAACAAGAUGGUACAGGGCACCGGAAAUUAUGCUUAAUUGGAUGCAUUAUAAUCAAACAGUUGAUAUAUGGUCGGUUGGAUGUAUAAUGGCUGAAUUAUUUACGGGAAGAAUAUUAUUUCCAGGCCAGGAUCACAUGGAUCAUCUAACUCGAGUUUUAGUACUCUGUGGUACACCCACGGAGGAAACUUGGGAAAAAAUUACCAGCCAAGAGGCUAGAAAUUAUAUACGAAGUCUGCCGCGGCUUAAGAAAAAAAAUUUUAAAGAAGUUUUCCGAGGAGCGAAUCCAUUAGCUAUAGAGUUAUUGGAACUGAUGUUGGAGUUGGACGCAGAGAAAAGGAUAACCGCUGAACAAGCACUGGCGCAUCCUUAUCUUGCUCAGUAUGCCGAUCCUACGGAUGAGCCUGUAUCCUCACCCUAUGAUCAAAGCUUCGAGGACAUGGAAUUGCCAGUCGAAAAAUGGAAAGAACUAGUCUACCACGAAGUAGUGAAUUUUGCACCGCAACAGCAAAUACCGUCCGCAGAAUCAUCACCAGUACAAAGUACUGAAAAGUUAUCAUGAAAAUUAACUUAUCAAAUGGCUAAUGCCAGAAUGUUAAUCUAAUGCAAUAGUAGAUUAACAAAAAAAAAAAAA